AUGCAUCGCUUUAAACAUUUUAAUUCGUCUCUUGUUUGUUUUUGUUUAUUGUUAUUUGGAACCCUAUAUCCAGCAUAUUCUUCGUAUAAAGCCGUCCGAACGAAAAACGUCAAAGAAUACGUGAAAUGGAUGAUGUACUGGAUUGUUUUUGCACUUUUCACAUCCAUCGAAACAAUCACGGAUUUAUUUUUUAGUUUUUGGUUUCCAUUUUAUUACGAGCUCAAAAUCAUAACGGUCAUUUAUUUAUUAUCACCGGCCACGAAUGGCUCGAGUAUUUUAUAUAGGAAAUUCGUACAUCCGGUCCUCACAAAACGAGAACAGUAUUUGAUAAUUCUCAAAACUAAAUUUAGAUUUGUAGUGCGUGGUAAAAAAAAAGAAUUUUUUUUUACGGUCGUUGAUUUCAAACUAUGCAAUCCUUUUCUGCCUCAGGGAAUACCCCAAUUAAACAUGACACCGUCCUCAGAUUUAAUGCCGCGAAAAUCGUCGGAAUUUCAAAAGGAUCUCGUUACGCUGGAAGAAGAGGACGCGAGCGAUGAUUUGACGAAAGACGAUGAAAAUUUAAUAAUGAGUCGAGAGGAUUUUCCAAAUUUAAAAACGGAAAUCAUUUGGAUGAAAAACGACGGGAUAAACGUGGAUUUUAACGGGAUCGAUUCCCUCGUCGAAAAAUCACCCGUCGUAACGGAAUUACACGAUCAAUCUGAUACGGAUUUGAAAAAUAAUUCGAAAAAGAUAAAAGUUCGAAAAGGUGGAGGAGGUCUCGUUAGUCAUUUAAAAAAAAGUUAUAGUUUAAGUGAUCUUAGCGGGGAAAAACCCACACUGGGAAAUAAUUACAGAGAUGAAGUCGAUCAUCAACACUACGAAGGUUCAAACAUGAAACAAAUACCCGAAAAUAGAAUUCCCGGAAAUUUUUUUCCCGGUGCAAACUAUCCCGGUUUGUAUUACGCGGGAAGCGACGUGGAUUUCGCGGGAGACAAUCACCCCCCGUACGGUUCCGGUUAUUCGAGCGGUGAUCCUUUGUAUAACGAUAAUUUAAUUUCGAGGGGAGAUCAUUUGGUGAGAACGGCAUCUCUAGGCGGUACCAGUCGAAUUCGCACAAGGGCCGCAACCAAAGCCGCCGGCCUAUCCAAAAGAUCUUCUCUGACCGAGGAAAACACUGCAUGGUCAGAGGAAGAAGUGAUUCGAGGUCAAAUUAAUACUGACAAUUUCUUUCUUUUGCCUUUAUCACGUUCUUCAUCCAAUCCGUGUACCUUCACCGCUUUUAAUCACAUGGUCAAACCUGAAUUUCAACAUUUUUUCGGCGGGAUUAGUCAAGAGCAAAUUAUUGCCCUUGUCAAUUCCUCGAAUUCAUCACAUCCCAUUAUUCGCACCGUGGACGCUUCUAACGAAAGUGAAAAUCCGGUAAAUGAUAAAAAUUCGAACUCGAAAUCCGACAACGCGAACGAUUCCGACGUUCGCAUCGUCGAAGUCGUCGAAAACGAUGGAAAUAAUACGAAAGUCGAAAUGGGUGGUUUUUCCGACGGAACGAAAAAUGAAAAAAGCGACGCGGAAGUAAAUAAGAAAGAGAGUUCGCCUUCUGGAGAAAACGAGAGAAGUGGAAAAUAUAAAAAAAAAAAAGUUGCGCCCUCUCCGCCGUUCGGAGAAAAAAAUUCAUCUGGUAAAAUAAUAGAAAUGGGAGAAAUCGUCGAAAAUGACGACGACGACGAAUUCGGGACUCCGAAUUCGUCACCGGAAUUGCACCGGAAAAAACACAGUUCGUCGUAUUCGAACCUGGUCGAAGAAAUGGCGGAUACGCCGCGACCGGAUAAGAAAAAUGAAAAAACGGGGAAAAAAGACAAUUUGUUUGAAGUGCCGAAAAAGAAAAAAAAAUCGAAGGAAAAGAAAAAGACGAAAAAAUUACAUCUGCCGAAAAUGUCGUUUUCAUUUUGGAAUCAAAAGAGUAAUAAAAAUUCAUCGGAGUCGUCGGAAAAUUCUUCGAUCGCAAGUUUUGAAAACGGAAUCGUUCCCCCGGCGGAAAAAUCCAAAAACGAUUUGGAGUAUUUUAUUCCCUUGAAGGGGGACACGACGAACGAUGGAGACAAAGCAAAAGAAAAUCGGACGGAAUGA